AUGAUGGCAGUUGGAUACGGUGACAUUUGGGCCAGAAACACAGAAGAGCGUCUCUUCUGUAUCGUGCUGCAACUGUUCGGGGCUACAGCCUUUGGUUUCAUCCUGUCAUCCGUUACCUCCUUGCUCGAAUCCGCGAACCCGCGGGCCAACGAAACAAACAAACGGGUGAAUGAGAUCAAGGAAUGGUGUGCUGGCCGGCACAUUCCUCGCCACUUGAGGACUGCAAUUCGAGAGCACACUCAGUAUGUUCUUCAAAAGAAGUCCAUUUUCAACGAGGCUGAAAUCUUGGCCAACAUGCCAACAAGCAUUAGGAUGGACAUCAUCCAGAAUUCGUAUUCAGAGUGGCUUCGUAUUUUGGAACGGCCGUUCCAUGAGGAGGACCUGGCUCUCCGAAUGGAGCUCGUGCAGCUUAUGACACCUCAACAGGUUCCCCAGAAUGAAGUGAUGAUUGAGGAAGGGGAGAUCACUGCAGAGGUCUAUGUGGUGCUGCAUGGUUGUCUUGAGGCAGUUUGCAGUCGCUCUGCAGAUCCGACACCUUCCAACUGGGCUCACCAGCGCUUGAAACGAAGCGAAAUGAGCAGUCCUUUGGAGGAGACGUUGUCUGAGGAGUCAGUGGAAGAACAAGAGGUUCUCUGUGGUCUCUAUCGCAGUUCUGAUUUGAUCGGUCAUGUCGUGGCUGCUCCAGUCAUGGUGCGUGGCUUAAGCAGCAGAACGGACGUGCUUGCGAUCAACAAGGAGCGCAGCACAGCCUUCGCAUAG